CGCCGCUCCGCACGCCGACAGGCCGCUGAGCGACCCUCCCUCGCUUCGCUCCCGCUCCGCCGCCGGCUCCUGCUCGGGCCGCCGCGCCCCGGGGAUGGCGGUGCUGGCCCUGGCCCUGGAGGGACUCGCCAUCUUCGGGCUCAUCCUCUUCGUCGUGCUCUGGCUCAUGCACUUCAUGUCCAUCAUCUACACACGCCUCCACCUCAAUAAGAAAGCCACAGACAAACAGCCAUAUAGCAAGCUUCCUGGUGUUUCACUACUAAAACCAUUAAAAGGUGUGGAUCCUAACCUGAUCAACAACUUGGAAACCUUCUUUGAACUGGAUUAUCCAAAAUAUGAAGUACUACUCUGUGUACAAGAUCAUGAUGAUCCAGCUAUUGAUGUGUGCAAAAAGCUGCUUGGCAAAUACCCGAAUGUUGAUGCUAGACUGUUCAUAGGUGGCAAGAAGGUUGGCAUCAACCCCAAGAUUAACAACUUAAUGCCUGGCUAUGAAGUUGCUAAAUAUGAUCUCAUAUGGAUUUGUGAUAGUGGAAUCAGAGUAACGCCAGACACACUGACAGAUAUGGCCAAUCAAAUGACUGAAAAAGUAGGCUUGGUCCAUGGCCUUCCCUAUGUCGCGGACAGACAGGGUUUUGCUGCUACCCUUGAACAGGUUUAUUUUGGAACUUCACAUCCAAGGUCAUAUAUUUCAGCCAACUUAACUGGCUUUAAGUGUGUAACAGGAAUGUCAUGCUUGAUGAGGAAGGAUGUCUUGGACCAAGCUGGAGGACUGAUAGCUUUUGCACAAUAUAUUGCUGAAGAUUACUUUAUGGCCAAAGCUAUAGCUGACCGGGGCUGGAAAUUUGCAAUGGCUACACAAGUUGCAAUGCAAAACUCUGGUUCAUAUUCCAUUUCUCAGUUUCAGUCCAGAAUGAUCAGGUGGGCCAAACUGCGAAUUAAUAUGUUGCCUGCCACAAUAAUUUGUGAGCCAAUCUCAGAGUGCUUUGUUGCCAGUCUAGUUAUUGGAUGGGCAGCUCAUCAUGUGUUUAGAUGGGAUAUAAUGGUAUUUUUCAUGUGUCACUGCUUGGCAUGGUUUAUAUUUGACUACAUUCAACUAAAAGGUGUUCAGGGUGGUGCUCUGUGUUUUUCAAAACUUGAUUAUGCAGUAGCUUGGUUCAUCAGAGAAUCCAUGACAAUUUAUAUUUUCCUAUCUGCUUUGUGGGACCCCACUAUUAGCUGGAGGACAGGACGCUACAGAUUACGUUGUGGAGGCACUGCAGAAGAAAUUCUUGAUGUAUAGCCACAGCUUUGUAACUGUGAAUGUCAAAAAGAGAGGGGGGGGAAGAAAAGUAUUAUAAAUUGUUUAUAGAAAUACUUUUAAGAAAAUCUACCUUCAGUAGUUUUACUACUUGUAUGUUUUGGUAUUUGUUCUUUAAUUUAUUUUUGCAUGGCACUUGCAUCUGUGAAAAUACAUCUGUAGUCUUGGCCAAAUGGUACCUUGCUCCUAUGUACAAAUAGAAAUGGAGAGAAUUGGUCCUGACAUCUACUUUCUAUAGGAAUGCUCUGCAGUAAACUCUUUUUAAAAAAAAAAAAAAAAGUAUCCUCCUGGAUAUGAACAGCUUCUUACUCCAUGCUGUGCUAGCCUAGCAAAUCCAGGGUUCGCAUAGCUAUUUUCCAGCUGUAUUGUACAAGGCUGUACCUAGUAAAAUCACAGAAGUACAGCUGAUUUCUAUUUUAUCCCACUAAUUGAGCUAGUAACAGGACCUUGGGAAAGAAGCUCUUAAAUGCUUUAUGCCUACCUCUUGCAGUUGCUGCAGAACAAAAUGAAUGGGAAGGUGAAAACACUUUGCAAAAACAAACUAAAGCAAAGCUGGAGUCUUGUGUUUAUAUGUAUAUAUGAAAUUCUUUAGUCAUUGCAAUGAACCAAAAGUGGACUGAGUUUGAUAGAAUGAGUUGGAAGGAAUUACUGGUCAGGGAUGUAUUGUGGGCAUCUUUUGGCCAACCAUGAUCUGGUUCUGUCUUGAACCUUGUUAAAGCACUGUGCUGUAACUAGCCAAGCUGGUCCCCUUCAAUAUUUCCAUCCUUUUUUAAGGGGUGUUUGUCUUUCCCUGUGAGUGAAUGCUUUGAU